GCCCCCGGACCUGGCCCGCUGCAGCUCCCGCUCGUUGGGCUGGGCAGAGCUGCCAGCCCGGUGAAUUCAUGGCUUUUGUGUCGUUUGUAGGCCUGCUGGGACCAGGGCUGCAGGAGGACACCAUGACCGGGAGGCUGUGGUGCAAGGCCAUUUUUGCUGGCUACAAACGUGGCCUCCGAAAUCAGCGGGAGCACACUGCCCUUCUGAAAAUUGAAGGUGUUUAUGCCCGUCAGGAGACAGACUUCUACUUGGGCAAGAAGUGUGCCUAUGUGUACAAAGCUAAAAACAACACGGUGACCCCCGGUGGCAAACCCAACAGGACACGAGUGAUCUGGGGGAAGGUGACCCGUGCCCACGGGAACAGCGGCAUGGUUCGUGCCAAGUUCCGCUCCAACCUUCCUGCCAAGGCUAUUGGACACAGAAUCCGGGUGAUGCUGUAUCCAUCUAGGAUCUAAAUUUUUAUUGAAAAUAAAAUGGAGAAUCUGUUUAA